AAAAUAUUCUUACUAAAAAAUGCAUGAAAAUAAAUGUAUAACUUUCAAACUUUCCAUUCGGAAGUGACGUUACCGGAAGUAAAGGGGUGCGUGACCCUACAAACUUCGCCUUCACCAACACGCAAACAUGUCGGAGGGUUUUCUGGUCUCCGCGCUGGUUGUAGAGGAACCGCAUCGCCUGGUUUACUGUCACCGUCACUUUGGUUUCAUCUUGCAGUGCAGACCAGAGGCUCAAUGAAAGGAUGGACGGAGUCAGCUGGAGCACCCCCAGAUCUCAGGAGUCGUUCAGCCGCUCCGCUUCAGCAGCAAACACCCUCUCCAAGCUGGCCAGCUUCCUCGCCCGCGCUGACCCGAAGCAGCAGCGGCAGCAGCCGCCGGCCCAGCUGUAUUUCUGUCAAGAGUGUGGGAAGGGUUUCUCGCAUGCAGCAGGUCUGCUGCAGCAUCAGGAGUCGAAGCACACGCUGCCGAAGCCUCACCGCUGUCCAUCGUGUGGACAGGAGUUCUCCCUGAAGUCCUCUCUGCAGCUGCAUCAGUGCGACCGCAGCUCCACCUGCUGUGAACACUGCAGUGCCUCGCCCCGGCUCGGUUCUCUGGGUCAUGCGUGCACAACUUGGACUUUGAACAUGAGCAGGCUGCAGGACAAAUCGCUUCACCGGCAGCCUGACCUGCUGGACAGCACGCCAUACGCAUGUGCACCCUGUGGGAGAGGCUUUAGCCAGAAGCAGGCGCUGCUGCACCAUCAGCAGGCCGGUUGCAGCGAGCCGCCGUCCCCAUCAAGCAUGGUUGAUGCCAGCAGCCUUCCAGAGGACUCUCCACCUGCUUCUGAGGGAGGCUCCACUCGCUCCAAUUACUCAGACACCCCAGGGCCAAGCAGCAGGGACGUUAUCACCUGCAGCUUCUGCUCCAGAACAUUCCGCUCUGAGGCGGCGAUGGAGCGUCAUAAAGAAAACAAUCACGCUGACCAGGAACAGAGGAGAUUAAGAAAUAGAGCUGCUAAGGACUCCAAGGGUGUCAGCGUUUCUAGAGAAUCCCAGCUGAGACCCAAAAAUAAGCUUCUGAGCUGUCGUUCUUGUGACAUGGUCUUCAGGAGCACCUCCAAACUGUACGUGCACAGAAAAGAGAAGCACAGCAGAGAGAAACCCCUCCCGAACGAGCAAAGCCUGGACAUCCACAAGCGUGGGAAAGCGGAGACGCAUGCCUGUCAGAUCUGCAACAAAGUCUUCAUCUACACUGUGUCAUUACGCGCUCAUUACAGGCAGCACGCAGCAAAGCGAGGUCCGGCCCCCGCCCUCAUCCGGGCCACCAAGGAGCUAUCGCCUUUAGAAGACAAACCAAACACAAUAAAACCCAGUCUGGUGGACCAUCGGGCAGUCAGGGGCGGGGAAGGAAGGCCCCGGGAGGAGCCCACGGUGACCCUCUCUGAUGAACUGCAGGUACGGGUGUCUGCAGAGGAGGAGGAGGGGGAGUUCCCCUGCCCCUCCUGUCCAGAGGUGUUCUCCCUGCAGCGGCAGCUGAGAGAGCAUGUGAAGCUGCACCAGUCCUCCGUGAGGAGGCGUCAGUGCAGCGUGUGCACCAACAACAUGGACACCUGCAAGGGGCCCGGCUCCAAGAGGCACCGGCUGUACCACUGCGUGCCCUGCCAGCAGGGCUUCUCCGCGCUGGACUGCUUCCUCCAACACUGUCAGGAGCACCUUCGGGUGCGGGUGGAGGAGGACCGAGUCUCGGAGGCGCUGGCUCAGCAGGCCAGCAAAGCCUGAAGGGAACCUGAAUGUGUCCAACCGCUGCCUUUCUUGCUCCGUCAUCUUCAGGGUUGAGGAGAACAUUUGAUUUUGCUCGUUUGUUUACUCAUCAGAGUGUGAGGCCUUCUGCAUUCUGUGUUUGUUUAGAAAGUUUUCAGAGUUUGAAAGAACAACCAGCAGAUUCAUGGAGAGAGAAGCACUGAUUAACACAUCUCAUCAUUUAUGUCUUUAAAACACUGAAUAUACUCUGUCAAAGAAAUGUUCUGUUUUUUUUUUUUUUUUAAAUGAUCUAGAAUUGCAUAAUUCCCUAUUAGUGAAUUUUACUGUUUUGUUGGAAAAGGUUUCCAUGAGAACAUCACUAUGGUAGCUUGCUUACUAUUGAGGAUGAAUGAGGGUAUCUUUAUCUUUAAAAUUGCUUGUGAAGUGUUAAAAAAAAACUCAAACAUUUGCAGUUUUUUUUUUUUUGUCUGUCUAAUAACUCAAAGCUAAGACAGCUCGGGUCACAACGGUGAGAAAAUAUGAACUUCUGGAUGCUAACAGAAUCUUGGAUGGUGUGACUGGAUGUUCUGCUCUCUUAGGUACAUUCUGUGUUGAAUUUCAGCCUUUUGGUUUUUUUAGCAAGUGCAAAUUUAUGACAUUACAUUUUUUUUGAGGUUCUACCAUGAAUUCCUACAAAUAUUUGCUUCUUGAAAAACUGUUUUCGAUGUCUUUAUUGUUGGCAGAAAACAUGGAUUGUACCUCCUUUCUAUGCAAACACAAGAACUGAAAGCAGCUGCCUCAAAGUUUUGUUUCUCUAAAAUGAUUUUCAGCUGCUGUUUUCAGUGUCACUGUGGUGAUUUAAUAAAAUUUUAAAAAUUG